AAAUAUACCAAAACUGUUAGCUAACAGAGUGCUGUUACUGGCAUGUUAUUCUGGAUGGUGGUAAGAAGAAGAGCAUUUCACGUGUUUCUGUUUUUGAUUGCUGGUUGCUUUUGUUUAAAAUGGCUUUGAAAAGAUUGAAGACUAAAAAGUCCAAGCGCUUGACGGGCCGCCUGAAGCACAAAAUCGAAAAGAAGGUGCGCGAUCACAACCGCAAGGAACGGCGUGCGGCCAAGAAGACCACCAAAAAGGGCAGCAAAAAACAGAAGCUUAUCCAGAUCCCGAACAUCUGCCCCUUUAAGGAUGAAAUCCUCAAGGAGGUGGAGGAGGCCAAGCAGCGUCAGGAGGCCGAGCGCCUGGCUCGUCGGGAAGCCUUCAAAGUAGAGAAGGAGCAGAACAAAUUCAAGUCCCUGGAGUCCAUGGUUGAGGAUGCGGACAUGCGGAGCACGGUGCACGGCAUAAUGCACGAAAACGACGAGGACGACAACGAGAAGAAAUACAAGAAUGCCGUGACCAAGGAGCAGUCCCUGAAGCAGUACUUCAAAGAGUUCCGCAAGGUGAUCGAGAACGCCGAUGUUGUCCUGGAAGUAGUCGAUGCUCGAGAUCCCCUGGGUACCCGUUGCAAUGAGGUGGAGAAAGCGGUUCGCGGAGCUCCUGGAAACAAGCGCCUGGUGUUGGUGCUGAACAAAGCAGAUCUGGUGCCACGCGAGAACCUGAACAACUGGAUCAAGUACUUCCGUCGUAGCGGGCCCGUCACCGCUUUCAAGGCCUCUACACAGGAUCAGACUUCGCGACUAGGACGUCGCAAGCUGCGCGAGAUGAAAACCGAGAAGGCCAUGCAGGGAUCGGUGUGCAUAGGGGCUGAACUUUUGAUGUCGAUGCUGGGUAACUAUUGUCGCAACAAGGGCAUCAAAACCUCCAUUCGUGUGGGAGUUGUUGGCAUUCCCAAUGUGGGUAAGAGUUCCAUCAUCAACUCCCUGACCCGCGGCAGAUCCUGCAUGGUAGGAAGCACUCCAGGUGUCACAAAAGCUAUGCAGGAAGUGGAGCUGGAUUCCAAAAUAAAACUGAUUGAUUGCCCUGGAAUCGUGUUCACAAGUGGCUCUGAGAACUCCCAUGCCGUUCUGAAGAACGCACAACGCGUGGGGGAUGUGAAAGACCCCUUUACCAUUGCAGAAAGCGUUUUGAAGCGCGCCAGCAAGGACUACUUCUGCACCAUGUACGACAUCAGCAGCUACGACACUUUUGAGGAAUUCUUUGCCAAGAAAGCAGCCAGAAUGGGUAAGUUCCUCAAGAAGGGCGUUCCAGAUGUGGUGGCAGCUGCGAGAAGUGUGCUGAACGACUGGAACACGGGCAAAAUUAAGUACUGCACACAGCCUCCGGAAGCAAAGGACACCCAAAGUGCUCACAUCAGUGCCUCGAUUGUGCAUUCGGAGGCCCGGGAAUUCGAUGUGGAGAACUUUGAAACCAUGGAAACCGAAAUCCUAGAUCAAUGUGCCGUAAAAACAGAUGAUAUCAUGGAAAUAACAUCGACAGGGCCACUUGAGAUAAGGAAACCCCGGGAAGAUGAAGAUCAGGCUGCAGUCAAGCAGGCUGAAAGUUUGAUAAUCAACGAGAAGGAAAAGGGGCAGAAAGGUCGUAAACGAAAACUGGAUGACGAAAAGGAAAAGCCAGACCCUGUACUGCUCUUAGAAGAAAACCAGUCCCUUAACAAAGGUAUUAAAGAGCUGCAGAAGCGAAAAAAGAAACAGAAUGUGCGGAACGAGAAGAAAAUCUCCAAAAUUACAGACGUUCUGGAUAGCUUUAGCUUAGGUUCCGUUUCCACAAAGGCCGACAAGUACGAUUUUGAUAAGGAUUAUGUGAUUGAAUAAUUAUUGCC